UUCCCCGCUGCUCAUUCGCGCGCGCUCGUGUCCAGCCACCCCGCCAUGGAGCGGCCACCGUGCGCCCUGCUGCUCGGCUCAGCCGGUCUGCUGCUCCUGCUCCUACCCCUCUCCUCUUCCUCCUCUUCGGAUGCCUGCGGCCCGUGCGUGCCGGCUUCCUGCCCCGCACUGCCCCCGCUGGGCUGCCCGCUGGGCGAGACCCGCGACGCGUGCGGCUGCUGCCCCGUGUGCGCUCGCGGCGAGGGUGAGCCGUGCGGGGGCGGCGCGGCCGGCAGGGGGCACUGCGCGCCGGGCAUGGAGUGCGUGAAGAGCCGCAAGAGGCGGAAGGGUAAAGCCGGGGCAGCAGCCGGCGGCCCCGCGGUCCUCGCCGUGUGCGUGUGCAAGAGCCGCUACCCGGUGUGCGGCAGCGACGGCACCACCUACCCCAGCGGCUGCCAACUGCGCGCCGCCAGCCUGCGUGCCGAGAGCCGCGGGGAGAAGGCCAUCACCCAGGUCAGCAAGGGCACCUGCGAGCAAGGUCCUUCCAUAGUGACGCCCCCCAAGGACAUCUGGAACGUCACUGGUGCCAAGGUGUAUUUGAGCUGUGAAGUCAUCGGAAUCCCAACCCCUGUCCUCAUCUGGAACAAGGUAAAAAGGGACCACUCUGGAGUCCAAAGGACAGAACUCUUGCCUGGUGACCGGGAAAACCUGGCUAUCCAGACCCGUGGUGGUCCAGAGAAGCAUGAAGUGACUGGCUGGGUGCUGGUAUCUCCUCUCAGUAAGGAAGACGCGGGGGAAUACGAGUGCCACGCAGCCAACUCCCAAGGACAGGCUUCAGCCUCGGCCAAAAUUACAGUGGUCGAUGCCUUACACGAAAUACCAGUGAAGAAAGGUCAGUCCUCUCACCAUUUAAACUGAGAGGUCAAGGUGCUCAGCUAUAAACCUGCAAAACACAUUGGCCUAUGUAGCUAACGUGCUUCCAGACAGCUGACAGCUCUAAGCCCUACUCUCGCCUGACAAGUUUCUUUUAAGCUCAUCCACUAACACUUUAUUACAUCCAGCUGACUUUACAGAGAAUCAGAGAUAACACAAGACUAUCUACAAAAAUUUAUUGUUUAUUUACAAAAGCAUGCAAAGCUUUAAACAAAACAAAUAAAUCCUUAUCACAAAAGUA